GUCCGAUGCGAUCCGGUAAUCCGGUGUGUGUCGAUUCCAUACGAAUUACGAGUUCACUGUAUUAUUGAUAAGUUAAUCGCGUCAUAUUUGGUUCGCCGACGAAAUUACAUAAAUCUAAAAAAAUAUUAAAUUAAAACGUGAUUUAAACGAAUCGUAGUCGUUUUAGCGUGAUCGGUGACUGUAAUUCCAAUUAGUUCAAUUCAAUUUAAAUUUGCAUUACGAGGAAAAGGACUUUAAAAGAAAGCCGUCGAAAUGAAGAGCGAGAAUCCCAAUAACAUCGUUUACAAGGAAGUCGUUAUAAUAGGAAAUGGCCCGAGCGGCAUCGUGCUGUCCUACAUGCUGUCCGGGAACGUGCCGUACGUCACGUCUGAUUCCCAUCCAGACGAAAUGCUAUCGGCCAGACUCGGACCGAUCGUCGGCGACUGUCUCCUCUACCAGGAUUUCUCCCUUCUAUCGUCCGGCUUGGAGGGCAGAUCCACCAACCGCGUCUCCCUCCUGAUGGACGCCCUGCUGCACCCGCACGCCGACAUGGGCUGGGACCUCGAGCCCCUCGUCGAAUUCAGAAAAACCGGCGCCAAGAUUGAUCACAUAGUGCUCGGAAAAGGCCCGCCCGGCGGCUCGUGGCACCGCAUGGACCCGCAGAUGUUGACGCUGUCGUUGGGCAGCUGGAUGGCGCUGCCGGGGAUGCCGUUCCACUCGAGCGAUUCGGAGGAAAAGCGGGCGUACGCGGCCGACGUGGCCAAAUACUACGUCCAGUACACCGAUAAGAUGGGGCUGGCGAAGAAUUUCCGCAACGGCGUCACCGUGGAUUCGGUGGACGAGGUGAAGCGAUCGUACAAAAGCGACAAUUGGGUGGACAAGUUGAACAACGAAAUCAAAGGUACGCUGGAGGCGUGCAUGGAGAACGAGGAGAACCGAAGCCGGAACGUCAUGCGCGACGGUUUCAGGAGGAAUCUGAGGAAUUCCCGGUGCAAAUGCGACGGCGCCAAGCGAAACGACAAGAAACGUUCCAUAAGUUUUUGCUGUGAUACUAGCGACUUCGAUUGUGAUAGAUUUUAUUCGUCGUCGAUGAACGAAAAAUUGUUUAGGAAUUCGUUUACGUUAGAUUACAAUAAGGUGCCUUCAUACAAUUCCGCGUACCGUAGCCCGGAAACGAAUUGGAUCGUCAAUUGCUCGGACGCGAACACCGGCGAGAAGAUCACCUACGCCUGCAAAUAUCUGGUGCUGGCGAACGGCAGCAGCGACUCCCCCAACAGGUUGGAGGUGUCCAAAACGAAAGCGGAUCCGGCUUGGAUGCUGUACGAUUUAGGGAAUUUGGAAAGCCGGCUGGAUUCGUAUUUGACUCUGGAUCCGGAAGAUGUGGAUCCUGUGUUGGUGAUUGGAGCCGGUUUGAGCGCUGCUGAUGCCAUCAUGGCUGUAAGAGGAAGAAACGUUCCAGUCAUUCACGUUUUCAGACAAAGAUCGCCGGAAUUGAGCCGACAUCUGCAGGAAAAUUUGUACCCGGAAUACCACAAGGUUCACCAGAUGAUGCUGGACCCCAGUUCGAUUCAUCCAUAUUACACGGCCUAUCCGGAAUACACUUUGACAGAUUUCGACGCCGACGCCAGGACUGUCAUUCUGACGUCGAAAGAAGGCGUUAGUAAGAAAAUAAACGUUUCGUUCGCCGUCAUUCUGAUCGGUUCGAGGCCGGACUUCGCCUUUCUGCCGAAGCAUUACAAUUUGGCCGCCCGUAAGCACUUGUCGUUGGAUUGCAAAACCAACACGGCCGACAUCGAUAGAUUAACCUACGGCCUUCGCGGCUUCGAUAACUUAUUCGCUAUCGGACCGAUAGCAGGCGAUAAUUUCGUAAGGUUCUUGCCCGGGGGAGCUUUGGCCGUGACGGCAGAGUUGUAUAAAAACAGGAAUCCCAUGAGAAUUUGAGAAAUGUAACAAUUCGAACGAAAAUUAAUAAUAAAUAAUCGAUUUAGAUGCGGUUCUUUUGCGCUGGAAAAUCUAUCGAAUUUGUCUGAUUAAUUUCGAUUUUAUUCCGCUAAUUGAAUUCCCUGUUGAAAUAUCUAAUUGACAUUUUUUUAAUGUUAUUUAGUGAUAGCGAAUCGAAAUUAAUUGGACGUUUAUUUUAUAUACGAUGUGUUCGUUUUGUACGAUUUGAAAAGUUCGCGGUUUUAUAUUUGAACAAAUUCAGUUUCUUCAUUUUGCACCUGAAAUACUGCCCGUGAACUUUUCAUACAAAUAGUGCAAUGAAAUUUACACUUACAAUGCUGUGAUGGUGCAGUUAAUUCUAGUGAUUUUACAGAAAAGACGUAAUCGAUUAUUUUUACAGCAUUCUAAUUGUGAAUAUAGUAUUAUUUUUUAUAAAAGACAACAUAUUUUUCGAUAUUCAUUUUUUUAUACAUUUUGUAGAUAAAAGACGAUUUAUUUUUAGAUAUGGAUAACCGAAAACAUUACCAAUUUAUUUUUUAUUCAUAAUUACAUAAUUCCUAAUGCGGAUGAAGAAGUAAAGAUAUUUUUUAUAAGUUACCUUUUAACGAUACUACAAUGAUAUUACAGCAUUAAGCAAAUAACUUGUAUUGAAUUUUUUUCUACAAAGUUAUUGUCUACACUCAUAUGUUGAAAGCCCAACUUUCCGCACGAAAAAUAUUUUGCACAACAAAUUGUUAAGGAAAAAUAUGGCCGGGUAUUAAAAUUGCAGCUAAAUGUCAGUAUACACAUUAACACUUUUCCCCUCACGAUGGAAGAAAAGACAUUGUGCCUAAUUUUUACAGAAACUAAUUUUCUUCACUACUCUUUUUACACUUGUUAGUUAAAUUUUAAAUAACUCUAUUUUUUUAAAUCAAAAAUUAUUUUCAUGUAAUAGAAAUUACUGCCUCAGAUGAUUGAAAUGUAAAUAAUUUAAAAUGCAAAAUUGUUACAAUGUAUUAAUUUAAUUUCUAACAUUGGUAUGAUGUUUUCAAAUAAGUGCUUUACAUUACUCUGUUAUGCUUUCUAUAAAUUACUGAAAAGCAUUAAAUAAUUUCGUCAAUAAUAUUUACGAAUUUCAAUAGAAUUAUUUGUUAUUUAGUUAAAAAAGUGUCGAAUGUCUGAAGAAUAAUCUCUUUUGAUUUAUUUCGGCUUCUUCACCCGCCUAAUUAAGUAACACCGUUCUUAUCGGUUCCUUUAUGAUCUUCGCCUUUUUAUGUUUAAUAUGAAUGUUAAAACAAUUGUUAUCUUAUGUGAUCUGCUCUGCUUAUAUUAUUCUUAAGGGAAUUUAAUCGUAUUUAUUGUAUGGGAUUUUAUCGAUUGCUAGUGAUUUUUUAUAAUAAUGGGUUUUAUGGCACAUAAUUUUUACUAAAUAUUCUUAUACUGAGUGCUUGAAGUGAAACGCCCUGUAUAAUGUGAUAAUUAAUUUAUAAACGAUAUAAAUUACGAUUAAAUAUCCACGUAGAACUACUUAAUUGCGCUAUUUUUCACUUAGAAUGAAAUCACCUAUUAUAACGUUGCCUUUUACAACCUACUUAAGUAGUCUAAUACUAUUUGAUAACGUUAAAAUUUGAUUGUUCUAAAUAUUCGUUUUGUUGUUAUAUUUUACACAUUUUUUUGUUGAAUCUUUUUAAAAUUUG